AUGUCCCGAGCGCGGACCAACUCCGCAACGCAGCAGCCAGACCCAACUGCCACCACCACCACCACCACCACCAUCAAACAACCCCCCAAUCCACCCAGCCCACCGACUACAGCCAUCUUCGACCCGCCCCCGGACGGGGGCCUCGCCGCAUGGUCCGUCGUCCUCGGGGCGUGGUGCGCCAUGUUCUGCAGUUUCGGCUGGAUCAAUAGCAUAGGAACUUUCCAAACCUACUACGCCACCACCCUCCUUCCCCAAUACGCACCGAGCACGAUAGCAUGGAUCCCGUCACUAGAGGUAUUCUUCAUGUUCUUCAUGGGCCCAAUAGUAGGCUACGUAAGCGACACGCACGGCACCCGCCCCGUCCUCCUCACGGGCUCCGCCCUGCACAUCAUCGGCCUCCUGAUGACCUCCCUCGCGACCCAGUACUACCAGAUCCUGCUGGCGCAGGGCGUGUGCAGCGCCAUGGGCAUCUGCGCCAUCUUCCAGCCGGCCAUGAGCGUGAUCCCCGGCUGGUUCCGGCGGCGUCGGGGCGCCGCGUACGGGAUCAUCGCGUCCGGGUCGAGUGUCGGCGGCAUCGUGUUUCCGAUCAUGACGCGCAGGUUGGUGGUGCAAGUUGGGUUUGGGUGGGCGAUGCGGGUGGCGGCGUUCUUGAUUCUGGGGUUGUUGAGCGUGAUGUGUUUGACGAUUCGCGACAGAAGUGCGAGGAGGGGGUGCGGGAUGGGAAGGGGGAAUGGUGGUGAGGAUCCACGGAAAAAGAAGGUAGAUCGCGAGGCACUAUUACGCCCCUGGCGGGAGAUCAAGAUGCGCUUCCUCGUCGCGGGGUUCGUGCUGCUCACGUUCGGGGUGUAUAUCCCCACCAACUUCGUCGAGACGGCGGCGAUCAAGAGCGGGAUGCGGCUGGAGCUGGCGCAGUAUGUGGUGCCGAUGUUGAAUGCGGGCAGCCUCCUCGGCCGCAUGGCUGCGGGUUUCCUCUCCGAUAAAGUCGGCGUGUACAACAUCUUCCUUCUCGUCUGCACCCUCACCGGAAUCCUCAUCCUCGGGCUCUGGAUCCCGGCCACGACCGACGCGACAAAUAUCGCCUUCGCGGUGCUAUACGGCGUCACAUCCGGCGCGUACUUCUCGCUUCCACCGGCCCUCGUUGCGAAACUGGCUCCUCUGCCCGAGAUCGGGUAUUGGACCGGGGUGCUCUACCUCUUCUCGUCGAUUGGAGGUUUGACAACAAACCCGAUCGCGGGGGCGAUUUUGGCGCAGGACAAUGGGUCCUAUACGGGGAUGAAAAUCUUUUCGGGUUUGCUCUUGCUGGCGGGAACAAUGCUGGUGUUGGUCACGAGGAUUCGACAGACAGGAUGGGCGUUGAAAGCCAAGUUCUAG